UUAUAUACUUUUUUUUUCGGGUGGUGGUAGAUCGGAUCUCAAUCAUCAGAAUUCACAACUCAUAAUAAGCAAAUAAAUCUCAGAACUCAUAUUCGAUUCGACUCCAGGAGUAAGGGGAGGGUUUUACGAUCACUUCGACAAAAAUAUGAAAGAAAGGAAAUCUGCCAAGCUGAAUCAUCAAGACAACGAUGAACAACUGAUCCACCACGAAAACAGUCACCUGGGUUCCUUCAAAUUCGCCAAAUUGUUCGACUCGGAAGCUUCCUGGGAUAAGGAUCAACUAGGAGAUGUGUUGCAUUGGAUCAGACAAUUUGUUGGAUUGCUCUGCGGAUUGAUUUGGGGUGCUAUACCUUUGGUUGGUGGCGUUUGGCUUCUUCUGUUUCUGGUGAUCUCCUCAGGCAUAGUAUAUGGUUACUAUGCAUUGAUUCUAAAGAUCGAUGAAGAAGACUAUGGUGGUCAUGCAGCUCUUCUCCAGGAUGGUUUAUUUGCUUCUCUAAGUGUAUUCCUGCUUGCGUGGAUUCUGGUGUAUAGCUUGUCUAGCUUCUGAUAGAGACACUACUGUCUUGCGCUUAAGUGUUGCUUUAGCCUCUGCUCGGAAGAAGUUUAGAAGAAUAUGCCUUUCUUGGUUUCUCCGAUUACAGUCUUCUUUACGCUGCUUUUGAUGCUUGCUUUUGUGUUUCUUAAGAUGGGAACUAGCAUUGGUAGAUCUUAUUGGUUUGCUUUAGUUUUGUCUACUAUUUUCUUUUUUUUUAUUUUGUUUAAAAAACUAAAAGUAUUAUGUGUUCAUGCUACAAAAUGGUAACUUUUUCCAGGGUUUAUCUAGAUUUGGGUCAAGAAA